ACAAUGCGAAACAGAGUGCAUAAACGAAGUUCGGCAUGAGUUAUACAUGUGUGACAAUGGAUGCUGUGGAAAUAGUCCCGACAAAUAUUGUUGCGCGACAUCAUCUUACAUAGCUUAUAUUAUCGUGGCCGCAAUCUUACUAUCAGUGCUAGCUGUAUUGCUUAUUGCUCUUUGGUACAAGAAGAAAACAGUUUCACGGAGGAGAACCGGACCGUCCGGUAUUUCGAUACGUAUGACUGAAGAUAGACCUUCCAACCUACCACGAGCAUGUAUCGAUGGAACUGACAGAAGGAACUUUAACUAUUAUCAUCUACAAUGGGUGUUCGGACAACCAAUGGCUCCUCCGCCAUAUUAUGUCGACUCAGCUUCCGCUUAUGGCACGCAUGCGUCAGAUACUAUUGGUGGAAACACUUCCGGUCGGAUAGUCGAAUGGCAACAGCAUCAGAAUACCAACGAGUAUAAUCGGACAAUUGGCAAUAAUUCUCCACCGCCACCGUACAGUAUAUAAAGUAAUCACGAAAAGCAACACCUGAAACGUUUGAAUUGAUAACGCCGUUGAACUGAAAUUGCUUGCUUUGAAAAGAGAUGAAUUUGAAGAGCAAAUACAACUGAACAGAUAAAAUAGUGAUAGAAAGAAGUUGCUGUUAACUGUUUCAAACGUAUGAGACAUUUUAUACUAGUCAGUGACACAGGUUUUAAAGUUUUACUUUGAGAAAAAUAG